AUGGAGGCGGAUACGCGAAACGCGACGAGCCGAGCCGAUCUUCCCGAGAUUCCGGUAUUCGAGCUAACGAAAAGCAAUUUUGAGAAGUGCCUCCCCUACUUGCUCGUCAGCAUCAAAGAGGCCGAUUUGAUUGCGUUGGAUUUGGAAAUGAGCGGUUUGGGUCCCACAUAUGGUCUGCGAGCGAAAGAUACGGAGACUAGAUACACGGCUUUUCGCGACUCGGCGUCAACUAGAGGGAUUCUAUCACUUGGUAUUGCCACUUUUAAGCUCAAAUCGACGAGCGACGAGAAGAAACGAGUGAAAUAUAAUUGCCAGGUGUUCAACAUUUUGACGUAUCCAAGUCGCCCGUUCACGAUGGAACCAGAUGCGAUGAAAUUUCUUCUCAACCACGGCUUUGACUUCAACAAGUUGACAAAAGAUGGAGUUUUGUACUAUCCAGGGAGAGUUGAUAAGGAUUGCCCAUUGCGUAAAAUUUUCGACGCUAUCCUCUCCGAGUCGAAACCUGUCGCUCUACACAACGGUUUCCUCGAUCUCUGCUUCUUGUAUCAUCAACUUUUUGCCGAUCUUCCGGAGAAAUUAGAAGACUUUCUCGCUUCGAUAGCAGAUCUUUUUCCCGAAGAAUCGUCGCUGAUUGACUCUAAAUAUUUGGCCGAAUAUGUUACGAGAAUGCACGGAUCGUAUCUGGAAUAUGUUUUUCGCAAAUGUCAGCGCGAUAAUGUUUCCGAUAAGUGUCAAUCUCGAGCCUACAUUUCCAUAAGUUUCUCUGCUUAUCGAACGGAUCUGAUGAACGAAUUGGCUACAUCAAUAGAAAGGACGAAUUGUGAAUUGCCGCUCGAUUUCCCGAAUCAUCCGAUUCCAGGCAAUCUGAAGGAGCAUUUAUGUGAGCGAUAUACAAAUCACGGCUUUUGUGGAUCUCGUGAUCGGGGCUGUGCCAAGCUACACGAUGUCGAUUUUGCCUUGGAUUUGGAGAUUUUAGCGGCUCAGAAGAAUAGAACCAGAAGAAAAAGACGUUACGAUCACAUCAUUCCGGCAAAAUUGAAGGAACAAAAUGGAGCCAAAGAAAGCGAUGGAGAAUCUUCAUGCUCGUCAACUUUUACUGCCACAUCGACUGUCACCGUCGCCGAGAUCACAAAAAGCAAGCCGAGAAUUGCUGUACAUGGAUCACAUCGUGCUGGUGUUGACGCGUUUAUGACCGGCUUCGCGGCGCUUUUUCAAAAUCGGAUGCACCUUCUCAGAUAUCAAAAGUGUAAUCCCAAAUGGACUUCGCAGCUACCAUUGAGCGGAAAACAAUUUCCGCUGGUGAUUCGAAAAAGUGUUAAUGCUGUCGUUUCUGGGGAACAUAUGGUUGCAUUUUUCUCGAUUGAACUGCUACGAAAGAAGAAACGACCAGCAGCGGAAAAAUUUGACGAUCAAUUACCUAAAGAA